CAGAUUUCUUCUGGUCAUUCUUUUCUUUAGACAGAGAGAGAGAGACAGAGCGCGGCGUGGUCAUCCAAUUCAAACCCUCAGAGAGAAAUGCUCCACCAAACGGCAACCGCCGACUCUCUCUUCGCUUCGGAUCUCAGCUUUAGACCGCGUUUGGCUCCGCCAAUAAGACCAACCGCACUGAGCUUCCCCAUGGACCACGGUACCCAAGAAAAGCGUCUAACCAAGCAGCCUUCCAAGCACAAAAAUCCACUCUUGGCUUGCGGGGCGGCGCGUGACAGUCACGAGACCUCGCCCAGUUUGAAAGAUGAUGCAACUGUACAUGGACUAUCUGAUAUGAUUGUUGGAGUUCUGGGAGGAGGGCAACUGGGUCGUAUGUUAUGUCAAGCAGCGUCAAAAAUGGCCAUUAAAGUAAUGGUCUUGGAUCCGCUCGAGAAUUGCUCAGCAAGUGCACUUUCUUAUCAUCAUAUGAUCGGAAGCUUUGAUGACAGUGCUAUGGUCCGGGAAUUUGCAAAGAGAUGCGGAGUAUUAACCAUAGAAAUUGAACAUGUUGAUGUUGCGACCCUAGAGAUGCUUGAGCAACAAGGAGUGGAUUGCCAACCUAAAGCCUCUACUAUCCGAAUAAUUCAGGACAAACAUCUCCAAAAAGUUCAUUUUUCUCAGCAUGCCAUUCCACUUCCUGAGUUUAUGCAGAUAGAUGAUCUUGAAGGAGCCAGGAGAGCAGGUGACCUGUUUGGCUAUCCUCUUAUGGUUAAGAGCAAAAGGUUGGCAUAUGAUGGGCGUGGAAAUGCUGUUGCUGGCAAUGAAGGGGAACUCUCUUCUGCUGUAACUGCUCUUGGAGGAUUUGGUCGUGGUUUAUAUGUUGAAAAGUGGGCACCUUUUGUAAAGGAGCUCGCUGUCAUUGUGGCUAGAGGAAGAGACAAUUCUAUUGCGUGCUAUCCUGUUGUUGAAACCAUUCACAAGGAAAACAUUUGUCACAUAGUCAAGGCACCUGCUAAUGUGACAUGGGAGAUUAGGAAACGUGCUGCUGAUGUUGCCUACAGAGCUGUUAGCUCGUUAGAGGGCGCUGGUGUAUUUGCAGUAGAAUUGUUUUUGACUGGGGAUGGUCAGAUCCUGCUAAAUGAAGUGGCUCCUAGACCUCACAAUAGUGGUCAUCACACAAUUGAGUCCUGCUACACCUCACAAUACGAACAACAUUUGCGGGCUGUUGUUGGUCUUCCACUUGGUGAUCCAUCAAUGAAAGCUCCCGCUGCCAUCAUGUACAAUAUACUGGGUGAAGAUGAGGGUGAGCCUGGUUUCUUUUUAGCACACCAACUAAUUAGAAGGGCAUUGGGCAUUCCAAGGGCUACUGUUCAUUGGUAUGAUAAACCAGAAAUACGAAAGCAAAGAAAAAUGGGCCAUGUCACUAUUGUUGGGCCUUCUAUGAGUGAUGUGGAACAACGUUUAAAAUCAAUGCUGAAGGAAGAAGGUUCUGAUUGUCAGUCUGCAGUAACGCCACAUGUUGGGAUCAUUAUGGGCUCUGAUUCUGAUCUUCCUGUUAUGAAGGAUGCUGCAAAGAUUUUGAAUAUGUUUGAUGUUCCUUAUGAGGUGAAAAUAGUUUCAGCACACCGGACCCCUGAAAUGAUGUUUACUUAUGCCUCCUCUGCUCAGGAGCGAGGCAUUCAGAUUAUCAUUGCUGGUGCUGGUGGUGCAGCCCACUUGCCAGGUAUGGUAGCUGCACUUACUCCCUUGCCUGUUAUUGGUGUCCCUGUGCGUGCUUCUGCAUUGGAUGGGCUUGAUUCGCUGCUAUCCAUUGUGCAGAUGCCAAGGGGUGUCCCAGUUGCAACAGUUGCAAUAAACAAUGCUACCAACGCAGGUUUGCUCGCAAUAAGGAUGUUGGGGAUUCAGGAUGCUGACCUACUGGCUAGAAUGAGCCAGUAUCAAGAAGACACAAGGAAUGGUGUCUUGACAAAAGCAGAGAAGUUGGAGAAGGAUGGUUGGGAAUCUUAUCUGAAUCCGUAAGUACGAAACCGCUCUUCUCCGUGAGUUCAACACUUAACUGUGGAAGUUUGAGUUUGUCCCUCACUGCCACAUAAAAGUUCAGAAUGAACAGAAGAUAUGUCCAAAUAAUGAAGUAUCAAGUGGAUCAAGAUUUUCUACCAUGAAUACAAAUACUUGUUAAGAAAGGACGAGUGCCAAUGAAAAUUGAGAGGUCAAGAAGGAAAGAAAAUAGAGAAAACAGAGAGGGGGGAUGGGUUUGGGCGUGGGAAGAAUCCCUGUACCCAUUGUAAUGCUACUGAGCAUCUCCAGCAAAUGCUUUAAAGGGCAGCCAUUUUGACUAUCUAACAAAUGCUUCAGAGUAAAAUGUUUGCUAAAGUAUAUGAAACUUUCAUAUGUGAAAGUUGACUGCAACACAUUGAACGAAUAUAAUCUUGAGGGCAAUGGUUUACCUUUUGUUUUUUCAUUGGUUUCUCUCAAAACAUUAAACAAUAAUAUUUAUACUCUGUUUGUUUUGGCGUAAAAUAUUUUAUGAAAAAUAUUUUCAGUA